UUAAGACAAAAAAAAAGGUUCAUAAAUAAAAUUAAGGUCCGAAGAACCAUCUUAAGCCGCAAAACUCAAAACAAAACUUGAACGUACAAUUCUCAAAACUUGUAGUAACCAAUUACCAUUUCUCUCUCUCUCUUUCUCCCUGAUGGCACUGAUCUUCUCUUCCCUCUUCACAUUCACCAAUCAAUGGGGGAGCCAAGAUCAUCAUACACAUCAACAUCUCCAAAUUCUCCAAGAUCAUCAUCAUCAUCAUCAACAACAACAUUACCAUCUCCACCACCACUUCCUCAGAAAAUAUCCCUCAUCGAACCUUCCAAAAAACAAAAACACAAACAAAAACCUUUUCGUGUUUUCCGUUCCGUUUUUCGAUCUUUACCCAUCAUAUCUCCUGCAUGUAAAUUUCCAUCAAUUCAAACCGGAACCGCCGAAAGCCACCAUAAAAACAUCGGUGGAAGCACCGGUAUAAAAGUAUCCGGUACAUUGUUCGGUUACCGGAAAGGACGUGUUAGUCUCUCCAUUCAAGAGAAUCCAAAGUGUCUACCUUCAUUGGUAAUUGAACUUUCCAUGCAAACAAGUGUUCUACAAAAAGAAAUGGCUGCAGGGAUGGUGAGGAUUGCGCUCGAAUGCGAAAAACGACAAGAUAAAGAUAAGACAUUGUUGAUUGAAGAGCCUUUGUGGACAAUGUUUUGUAAUGGGAAGAAAACAGGUUAUGGUGUGAGGAGAGAAGCAACAGAAGAGGAUUUAAAUGUUAUGGAACUUCUUAAAGCAACUACAAUGGGUGCUGGAAUUGUUCCAAUGAAAACUGAAGUUGAAAAUGUUGAUGGAGAAUUGGCUUAUAUGAGAGCUUCUUUUGAACAUGUAAUAGGGUCUAAGGAUUCUGAGACUCUUUAUAUGUUGAGUCCUGAGGGAAGUGAUACUGGUCCUGAGCUUACUAUAUUUUUUGUGAGGAUUUAAGAAUUAUUAAUUGUUUUGUUUAAUGUACAAUUUGAUGAUGAAGUUUAGUACAUAUAUACUUCAGAGGAAAUCCAAUUCCUUUUGAGGAUGGGUGGUGCAUGGUGAGUUAAUUAGGCUCUGUUUGCUAAGGAUAAAUUCUGAGCUUAUAGCUUGAUUAUAGCUUAUAAGGUCAUAUGAAUAAAAAAAAUCCUGUUUGAUAAAUAAUUUUCAAAAAGAGCUAAUUAUAGCUUGUUUUAUUAUCUUAUAGCUUAUUUUUCAAACGCUAUUUUAAGUAGUAUAUGAACUUAUAACUUAUUAUUUUUUUCCAAUUUUACUCUUGACAUCUUACUUGUAAAAAAAUAAUAAUUAUUAAUUAAACAUAUCUUUU